CAUAAUAUAGAGUGACACAUAAUCCUCUGUCACCAGAGUAAAAACUGUGUCUGUACCCAGUUAACAGUCAGUGGUUGUAACAUACAUAUUUUGAUUGAUAAUUGAAAGUUGUCAGAUGUAUGAACGAGAUGCCCGAGAGAUCAGUAGCAGACGAAGUGGACUCAUUUCUCUCGCGUAUGAACCCGUGUUAUACGCCUAUCAGUACACAAAGUCUCGAUUUGGAUGGAGUUGUAUUGGGCACCGAGCAUGAUGAAUUCCGCUGUUUUAGUUCAUCAGUAAUGGCCAGUUCAAGAAGAAAUGGGCCCAUGAAAAUCCGACUUACAGUACUGUGUGCAAAGAAUCUGGCAAAGAAGGACUUCUUUCGCCUGCCAGAUCCUUUUGCUAAAAUUAGUGUUGAUGGCUCAGGCCAGUGCCAUUCAACAGAAACAUGUAAAAACACAUUGGAUCCCAAAUGGAACCAGCAUUAUGAUUUAUACAUAGGACAAAAAGACUCCAUCACCAUCAGUGUGUGGAACUACAAAAAGAUACAUAAAAAGCAAGGAGCAGGCUUUUUAGGAUGUGUACGAAUUAUGUCCAAUGCCAUACAGAGGCUAAAAGACACUGGAUUUCAACGGUUAGACUUACAAAAGAACAAUGCUGAUGACAAUGAAACAGUUCGAGGGCAGAUAGUCAUCAGUCUCAUUACCAGGGAUCGUGGGGGAGGCUCUGGUCCCACCGUCGCAGAUAUAUCUGGCAUAUCAACCAUUAUACCCAGGGAUCCCAACGAGCUGCCCGAGGGGUGGGAAGAAAGGCGUACUGCAAGUGGAAGGGUCCAUUACAUAAACCAUGUCACAAGAACUACACAGUGGGAAAGACCAACAAGGCCUGCUGCAGAAUGUGUUGCUGACCGUGCUUCACGGCGGUUAAGCAUGAACAUCAAUUCUUCGUCAUCCUCAUUAACUAAUCAAAACUCAGGUGCUGGCUCAUCAUCAUUAUCAUCAUCAUCAUCGCCGUCUCAGCAGCAACAACAGCAACAACGUCUAACUAAUGGCAGUAGCCCUGGCAAUGGAGCCAGUACAGGCGGCAGUGGCAGUAGUAGUUCUAACAAUACAAACAAUGCAACUAGUCCAAGUGGCGGGUCCAGCAGUAACGCUGGCAGUGAGCGGGGUAGUUCCCGACGCAGGUCCACAAGGCAUCGGAAUUAUCUCAACAGAUCUCAUUUAGUACAGGCAGUGGAGUUGCCUGAUGGUUAUGAACAAAGAACGACCCAGCAAGGCCAGGUGUAUUUCCUCCAUACCAGCACUGGAGUCAGUACGUGGCAUGAUCCCCGAGUCCCACGGGAUCUCCCCACACAGCUAACAGAGGAGGAGCUAGGUCCACUUCCCCCAGGCUGGGAGCUGAGGAAUACUGCCAAUGGGAGGGUCUACUAUGUAGAUCAUAAUAACAGGACAACUCAGUUCACAGAUCCCAGGAUAUCACAGAAUCUAGCUGCCAUUCAGCAGAGGAUACAAAAUAAUAACAAAGAAAACGAAUCACCAGUACCUAAAUAUAAAAGGGACCUUGUACAUAAACUGAAAAUUUUAAGACAAGAACUUCAGCAGACCCAACCUCAGACAGGACAUUGUCGAGUGGAGGUCUCCAGAGAGGAAAUAUUUGAGGAGUCCUACCGACAAGUGAUGAAAAUGCGACCCAAAGAUUUGAAAAAGAGACUUAUGGUUAAGUUUCGCGGUGAAGAGGGUCUAGACUAUGGGGGUGUGGCCAGGGAGUGGCUGUACCUCCUUUCCCAUGAAAUGCUCAACCCUUAUUAUGGCCUUUUCCAAUACUCAAGAGAAGACAUUUACACACUGCAGAUUAAUGCAGAUUCGGGAGUUAAUCCGGAGCAUUUGUCCUACUUCCAUUUUGUGGGUCGUAUCAUAGGAAUGGCCAUCUACCAUGGCCACUACUUGGACGGAGGUUUCACUCUUCCAUUCUACAAGCAGCUCCUAGGAAAGCCUAUCACAUUAGAAGACUUGGAGACAGUGGAUCCUGAACUACACAGGAGUCUUUGUUGGAUGUUAGAAAAUGACAUCACAGAAGUUAUCCAUAAUUCAUUUAGUGUAGAGCACAAUGCCUUUGGUGAGAUCCAGGUCCAUGACCUGAAGCCAGAGGGGAAGGAUAUUCCAGUUACAGAAGAAAAUAAAAGGGAAUAUGUCAGGUUAUAUGUGAACUGGCGGUUUAUGAGAGGAAUUGAGGCUCAGUUUUUAGCUUUACAAAAAGGCUUCAAUGAACUCAUACCACAGCAUUUACUCAAGCCUUUUGAUGAUAGGGAACUAGAGCUUAUGAUUAGUGGGCUGGGAAAAAUAGACUUAGAAGACUGGAAACUCCAUACACGGCUAAAACACUGCACCCCAGAUACCCCAAUAGUCAAGUGGUUCUGGAGGGCUGCUGAUGAAUUUGAUGAAGAAAAAAGGGCAAGACUCCUGCAAUUUGUCACUGGCAGUUCAAGAGUGCCUCUCCAAGGCUUCAAAGCUUUACAAGGACUGCUUGGUUCCACAGGUGCCUCUGGUCCCAGGUUGUUUACCAUUCAUUUGGUGGAUACCAACACAGACAACUUACCUAAAGCUCACACAUGUUUCAAUAGGAUAGACAUCCCUCCGUAUGAGAACUAUGAGAAACUGCUAGAAAAAUUGACUUGUGCUGUGGAGGAAACAUGUGGCUUUGCUGUAGAAUGAUAAGAGCAAGAAGAUAUUGAGGGUCUGUCUUGCAUAUCUUCCCCUGUCACAUGAUGUAUUGGCACCCUACUAGACGGUCACACUUGUUAGAGGAAGGAUUGACGUGUGACGGGCAUCACGAGAUACUACCCAUUUUGUUGAUGUUUUGGCAGUGAGAAAGGCAUAUUGUUUUGACAAUACUUCCGGUAUGCUUCAGUGACAACAACUAUGUAGAGGUGUGAUGUUGUGAUAUGCUGUGGCAAUGAAAUCGCAGUAUUGCAAGCAAAGGGGGAGGAUAACACAGGCGGAGGAGGAGGAAGAAGUGGAUGUUUACAUGUACCUCACUCACAUACACACAAGUGGUGAGAGCGACCACUUGUUUCACAAUGCCAGUGCACAGAUGUCAAAUCUUUUGUUGUCUUGCUCGAAUAUUUUUCUCAAUCCCCCUUCCCAUAGUUUGUAUUAAAAAGGUUGUGCUCAGAAGCUAAAUGCUUAGCAAUGUCAGCCUGAAUGCAGUGCCCUCUCGACCUAUAUGCUGAACAUUUAGUGACUUCAUAAUUAGGGAUCUGAUGAUGAAAAGGACUUUUAGCGGCAUUUUUCUUUGAUAUAUUUUCAUACACAGUGGAGAGACUUGGGAUGACACCUGUCUGUUUACACUGCCCACUGCUCUCGCAGUUGACUUAUUUUCAGUCAAGGGUUGAAUAAUAUCUUAAUAUAAGAAAUGGACAGUUUAAUAAAUCAUCUGCCAUAGGGUUAUUUUGAUUAAUCCUAGGAAAAAAAAUGUAGCAUACAAAGGCAUAUACUUAUCAUUAUACUUUUGUACAUUGUUCGAGUCCAGUAAAUCGGUGCCUACUUGAACAGAAUGUCACCAGUCAUAUGGUUGAUAUCGUCUUCACCAUCAUCGUCAUCAUUAUCGUCAUCAUCAUCAUUGUGCAGCUUAAGUUUGCACAUUUGGAUUGAGCACAAGAAUAGCUGCCUCUCACCCCCCCC